UGUGAUAGGAGAGGGGUUUCAGAGGCGUCAUGCUGAGCCGAUCAUUGUCUCUCACACUUUCUAACUAGCUGUUUCACAACGCUGAGGCGAGGAACGAGCCAGCUAUAUCAGCAGUACAUGCGGAUGAAAAGCAGCGGUGCCCCGAGGGCUCUUUCUUUCACCGUCGAUAGCUCUUUCUCCAAACCAAGUGCUGGAAUACAAACACAUGGAUGAUAAGAGUUGGAGUCAAAGGAUUUGUAAAAUGUGUAACUGUUUCUCGUUGUCGUGGACUAAAUGACCGAUUGGCAGAUGAACAGUUGAAAUGAGUCGACGAGACCAGACUAGCCCAUCUCGAUUGAGUAUUAUCAAGUGAUACUUUCAAGCCACUACCGUUUACCUGGAUCCAUCACGAAGGACACUAUGCGUGCAAGGGUGCAUUUUCCACCGAUUUUGACAACGGUCUGUGCCUGUGCUGUUGGAGUAAUCUGACUACUUACGCGUAGACUACUUUGGUGAGAUUUCUGGGGUCUUCAUUCGCCUUUGCCCGUCCUCCCGCAGCCUAAGUCUAGCAGAGUUGGGAGAGCUCCAUGCAUUCGCGAAGGGAUAGGAGAGAAGUGCGACCCCGAUCUGGAUGGAUGGUUAUGGGGAAAGGAGCAGGAUUCUCGGCGCUUCAAGUCGGCAGGAUCCUUGUUUUGUUUCUUUCCCUCUUUCCUUCGGUGAGUCUGCAGUGCAAGAUCCUCAGGUGUAACUCUGAGUUCUGGGCAUCCACAUCAAGCUCUGGCCCAGAGGAGGAGUUCUGUACAGCGCUGCGAGCUUACAACAGCUGUGUACGGCGGACAGCACGUACCUGCAGGGGUGACCUGGCCUACCACUCAGCCCAGCAUGGCAUUGAAGACCUCAUGAGCCAGCACAACUGCUCCAAGGAGGGGCCUACCUCACAACCUCGGACCCGCACCCCGCAUCCGCCACCCCCACCUCAGCCCGAGCCAGACAGCCAGGAGCGUUCGGAUGGGCCGGAGGUAUGCCACUACGAGCGUAGCCUUCCCAAACAUGCAGCUCCACCCAACUACACCCACUGUGGCUUCUUUGGAGACCCACAUCUUCGCACCUUCAGUGACGACUUCCAGACCUGCAAGGUAGAGGGGGCUUGGCCUCUCAUCCACAACAAGUACCUGUCUGUCCAGGUGACCAACACCCCUGUCGUGCCUGGCUCCUCUGCUACUGCCACCAGCAAGUUGACUAUCAUCUUCAAGAACUUCCAGGAAUGUGUGGAUCAGAAGAUGUAUCACGCAGAGACGGACGAGCUGCCUGCGGCAUUCGCCGACGGCUCCAAGAACGGCGGUGAGCGCCACGGUGCCAACACCCUGCGCGUGGUGGAGAAAGUUCCGGGGCAGCACGUUGAGAUCCAGGCACGCUACAUCGGUACCACCAUCGUGGUCCGGCAGGUGGGCCGCUACCUGACCUUCGCCGUGCGGAUGCCGGAGGAAGUUGUGAACUCCGUGGAAGAUCGGGACAACCAGGACCUGUACCUCUGCCUCCACGGCUGCCCUGCCAACCAACGAAUCGACUUCAGGAGUUUCCGAGCCCGUGCCGCUGAGACCCAUGGUCCAGGCAGGGUUAGGACUGGCCCCCCCCCCCAUGGCUUCACCUACCAGUCAGCCAUGACCAAGUGUAAAGAGCGCCUCCCGGUGGAGGAUCUGUAUUUCCAGUCCUGUGUGUUUGACCUGCUUUCCUCUGGUGACAUCAAUUUCACCAUGGCGGCCUACUACGCCUUCGAGGACGUGAAAAUGCUCCACUCUAACAAGGACAAAUACCACCUUUAUGAGAGGGAUGCAUUUCUGGGCAACUCUGCACCAAGGAAGCCAUAUUGUUCCCUUCCAUUCACCCUACUCAACAUCCUGGCUGUCUUGUUGUGGAUUCAGUGUUGCUGCGUUGAUCCAUAGACCUCCACUAACUCCAUCUUCAUGUUUUACCUGUCAGUGAGUGGAUGUGAAACCAUGCUUUCACCGUGUUGUUCGUCAGCUCACUCUACCGCUCCAGCUGUCCUGAGUGACUGCUGGCCAGAGUAGUCCUACCAGCAGGGCCGACCACACCUCUCAUGUGCAUUCGAAGCCAUCUCAGCCAUCGUCUCAUUGUUUUUGUUGUUGUGCGUUGAAUUCCAGUGCAGGUUCUAGUGGUAGUGGCAGGAGCGAUCCCUCCUCGCUCCCAGCUACAGUACGAUAGCAUGGUAUUCAGUUGGUUUAAGGACUAGUUCUUUGAUGAAAAGCAGUGGUGAGAGAACCCAACUCCCCAGACCUCUAGACAUUCAGCUGGGAUUAAAUCCCACAUUCCCACCGGGGGCUGCAUGCCUAUGGGAAGCGGGAUGAGAUGAUCUUCUGCAGAAAGAAGAGUUUGCUGAUCUCCUCCCUCUCAUUGGUGCCAAGCCAGAGGAGCUCUCUGUGGCUAAUGAGAGGGGGCUACAGGACAUGACAGGGGCUUUUGUUAACCUCUGUCCAGAAGCCGCUCCCUGUUUGAUACAGGGUUUUUUUUGUGUGUGUGUGUGGGGGGGGGGGGCACAGCACUCAGCCAAACGGAUGUCAGAGCAGAGAGUCUUGUUGUCUACUGUGGAGAUUAAUAGGUCAUAUUGUCAGGUCUUUUGUAACAUUUUGUCUGUGCGUGUGUAUGUAUUUGCAUGUAUCUAUGUCAUUACAUACAGUGUGUUUGUGUGUGUGUGCGUGCGUGUGUGGUGUGCGCCUCAAAAGUGCAAGAAACUUUCUUUAGGAGACAUAAAUCCUACUGUCUUAAUAUUGCACCCAAGGUUCCCAUAUAGACCCGACAUGGUGGUCUUGGGUCAGUUAAAACUGGUUCUGUUGGCCAAGUAGUUACUUCUAAGUGAACAAGCGAUAGUAAAAAGAAAAAAAGAUGAUGUUGCAAAGAUCGUCAUUACACUCCGAAUAUUGCUGUUCAAACACCGUGUUUAUAGUGAUACAGUCUUCCUGCUUAAGGAUGUAAUUAAGAAUGUAAAUUCUAGCACCAUUAAGAAUAUAGCCCUGACCAAUCUUGGAUAGGGGGACAGAGAUGCACAAACUCAGUAAUGUUUACAGAGUAGAAACUCAUCUCUGUGUUCAUUGAUCAACCAACCAACACUCUUAUACAAUGGCUGACAGAGUGGCAAAUCCUUUGAAGUGAAUGUUUUUCUUCAAUCUUGACCGUCAACACUUACCAGCAUAGGCGGAGGAAGAUGCCUGCCUUUCCUUUAGCUGAGUGAGGUAUGGUCACACUGGGCACUCAGUCAAGAACCAGAGUUGGGCCUGUUUGUGAAAAAGGGUGUUGACAUGGCUAUGCUGUAGGGAACGUAUGACUUGCAUCUGUCUGUAGACCUGUGAAUUUAUGGCGUAAAUCUUUGCCAAACAGCUAGCCCUUGUGCCAACUGUUUCCCAUAAGCUGAUUUUUUCUUCCAUCUCUUUUUCUUUCUCUCUCUUUCUCUAGUCAUUUACUGUUUGCUUGGUGUUAGAACUUUUCAAGGUACUAACAUAGUGGAAAGGCAUCUUCAAAUCACAAUAGGAGGCAGUCCUUGCUUUGGAACUUUGUCAUUGCUCAGACGACUCUGUGGUAUUGAUCCACCAUAUCAUCGAUCUUACUACUAAAAGUCAUUUCAUUAAUUACUUGGAAGACUACAUUUUCUCCCCAGACAUCAAUAGUCACUUUGGAUGGAUUCAUUUUGCACUGUUCAAUUUCUGCAGAAAACACACCCUGAGUUCUUGUUUUUUUCACAAUAUGAUACUCAUUCUGUAAAAUACACAGUAUUUCUGAGACAAAGCUAAAGGGUAAUAAUUCCCAACACUGAAGUAUUUGGCAGGUCUAACUACUGCUAUGGGAACAUGGACAGGUGCAGAUUGUCAUUAGUCUGGGAAAAUAUCAACAAAAUGAUCAAAGAAACAAAACUGAUUGUAACAUUGAAUCUAUGUUGGUAGAUGUAAUUUGCAUUGUGAGUUUUACGUAUGGUUCUACAUGUGUAAUGUGAGAUUGUAUAUGUUUGUGAGCUGUUCUUCAGUUGGAAUAUUGUGUUUAUUCGUUGUGUAGAAUUUAUGACUACAGUUUUGUAUUUGAGAAAGGGUUUGGUGAAUGUAAACUUUCUCAACAAAAAAAAAGGAAUUUGUAAAGACAUGAACACCACAAUAUGUUACAAGUCGCAGGGAUCAUACCUCAGACCUAACGUUUGUCAGUACAAUCUCUGUGUAGUGUUGAUAACCUCCCGGUUAGGUUUACAACACUCCACUUGCUUGAGAUGAAACCAAACAUCUUGGAUUGCAUUCACGCUGAUAACUAAAAAGGGAAUAGAAGAAAGUAUUUUGUGGUGUUCAUGUGUUUGAUUUUGAAGCACUUUAUGUUUUCUUUUUACUCAGCUCUUACUAGGUUUGAACUUGAUUGUGAAUAAUAGAGGUUGUAAAAGUUGUAAUGUUAAAACUACGAGAGAAAAAAAACAUGUUCAGAAUGGGAGACGCCUGAGAGAUCAAACUGUGUUUGUAUGUAGGAAAAAAGUGGUGCAACCCACCAUCUGUUUAUAUUGUAAAUUAUUUAUUGAAUAAAAGAUAAUGUGUCUUGUUAA